AUGUCUACAGAAAGCGAGGAAGACAACACAAAGAUGGAGCAGUUCCUGCGCGACUGGCGCCAGGAUGCUCUGAACAAGGCCCAGUACGAUUCUGCCAUCUUCAUCGGCGACAAGCUGCUGGCCCUCACAAACGACGAUUACGACGCUUUCUGGCUGGCGCAAGUCCACUUCGCCGCCGGUAACUACACCAGAGCACAGAAAUUCCUCGAGAAUCGCGAUCUCAUCAGACGUAACCCCUCGUGCCGAUACCUAGCUGGCCAUUGUCUGGUCAAGCAGUCACGAUUCGAGGAGGCUCUCGAUGUAUUGGGAGAGCGCAACCCCACCUACCUCAUCAAGUCCAAGGAUGCCAACAAGCGCAAGGCCCAGCCGAGCUCCUCACGGGCUGCUGAGCAAGGCAAGGCAUCUGGAUCUAAGGGUUCCCGUGAUGCCGAUGUCGACGAAGAGGCGAAUAACAGACGCUAUGAGGCAGGCAUGUGCUACUUGCGGGGCAUCUGCUAUGCCAAGCAGAAUGCCUUCGAUCGAGCCAAAGAGUGCUACAAGGAUGCUGUGCGCAUUGACGUUCAGUGCUUCGAGGCUUUCAACCAGCUCACUAAGAACAAGCUGCUAUCUGCUGAGGAGGAAUGGGAGUUUCUGGAGUCUCUGGACUUCGAGGCAAUUCACGUUGAUGGCGACUCCAGUGCGAAGCAGGAGGUGUCCGACUACGUUCACAUGCUCUACAGCACUCGAUUGAACAAGUACCAAAACCAGGGUGCCUUCAACACAGCUUGUGAGAGCCUUGCUACUCACUACAAUCUGAAAGACAACCCAGACCUGCUACUUGCUCGCGCCGAGCUUUUCUUCACCCAGUCCAGAUUCAAACAGGCAUUGGACAUCACAACUGCCAUCUUGUCAGAGGACAAGUACAACUUCGGUAUCUACCCCAUCCAUCUGGGAUGCUUGUAUGAGCUGAAGGAGAAGAACCUACUUUUCCUCAUCGCACACGAGCUAGCUGAGAGCCAUCCUGAAGAGCCGUGCACUUGGCUGGCGGUCGGCACAUACUACUACCUCAUUGAUAAGAUCGCCGAGGCACGACGCUACUUCAGCAAAGCCAGCAUGAUGGACGCACACUUUGCGCCAGCCUGGAUCGGCUUCGCUCAUACCUUCGCCGCAGAGGGUGAGCACGAUCAGGCCAUCUCUGCCUAUUCUACUGCAGCACGACUGUUCAUGGGCACUCAUCUGCCGCAAGUGUUCUUGGGCAUGCAGAAUCAUGCAAUGAACAACAUGUCCGUCGCGGAGGAGUUUCUCAAGACAGCCUACAGUCUAUGCAAAACCGAUCCCCUACUCCUCAAUGAGAUGGGUAUCGUCUUUUACCAUCAAGACCGCACCAGGGAUGCCGUAGCCAUGUUCAGCAAGGCGCUCGAGGUCGCCGAGGAGAUCGACAGCGACUCACAGGCCUGGAUGGCGGCUCGAACCAACCUCGGACAUGCAUACCGACGACUGCGGAUGUUUAAGCAAGCUCUACAGGAGUUCGAUGAGGUGCUACGCGAGGGUGGAAAGGAUCCUGCCGUUUUCUGCGCCAAGGGUCUGAUUUACCUCGAGCUCAGAAGACCCGAGGAGGCAGUCAAUGUCUUGCAUGAGGCACUUGCGAUUCACCCACAGGAUCCAAUUGCCACAGAGCUCUUGAACAAGGCCCUCGACGAGAGCUCUGGACGGAUCAUCGGUGAGAUUGACGACGAGACGGAAGCUGCAUUUGAGAAGGAGCUGAACCAGCGCAAGCUUAAUGCCAAGGUGAAGCUGACAAGCAAGCUUAACGGCCCGAAGCCUCAGGGAAAAGGCAAGGAGCCUGCGGCUCCGGAAGGCCACCCACUGGGUCGCGGUGUUGGCGACAAAGGCGAGAGCAGCAUGAUGGAAAUGACUGAUGAUGAUUGA